CGCGGAGGGGGCCGGCGGGCUGGCGGGGAAGCGGCGCGGGGCGGCCACGUAAGAGCGGGAGCUUGGGGGAGGGGGUGCCUGCAAGGUGCUGGAGGCGGAGAGCAGGCAGGGCUCCGGCAUCCCCCCCAGACUCCCACCAAUCAGGUCAUGGGGAGCCCAGCAGCCUCCGACGCCCCCACCCGCCCACUCCCACAUGAACGUGUGGGGACAAACAGCGGGCAGACGUGUGACUCGGCCCAUGGGACCACAAAGCCGGGGCCAUCAGUCUGGGGCAGGACUCGUGUGUCCAGGUCGAGGGGAGAGGACAAGAAGCAGGCUUUGGCCCCAGUGUGUGUCCCCGGUCUCUUGCCGGGGCGCUGUCUGCAGACUCACUGCAGAGCGCAGGCCUCGGGGAGGGAGCGCUCAGGGGGCUGGGCCCUGAUUCUCGGGACAGCCCCCUUCAGUCCCCACCCAGCUAGGGACGUUGGGUUAAUAGGCACUUAGACGCAGGACCCCUGCCUGAGAAGAGGGAGGGGGCACCCAUCACCUCUGAGUCAGGGACAGGGCCACACUUGGGCCUGGUGAGUUCCAGGAGGCUGGCCAGCCUAGUGGCCUCCCUUGCAUCCCCUCCCUGGCUCCAGCACUAUCCCCGUUUAUUUCCCAGCUAUUCUCCAGAAAGGGUUGAUUUCUGUGCAGGGAGUGUGGCGUCCAGGAGAAUCUGCAGGUAGGACACAUCCUAGGUACCUCUAAGUUGCCACACCCAGAGAGAGGUGGGGACUCUUCUUGCAUUCCUUGCCCUCUCUUCCUCCCUCAGGAUGCCCCCCUCCCCACCUGCUUGUGCUGGUUAUGUAAUUAACCCAGCUGAGGCUCUCUGCCAAGCCAACAGUGUCCAGGGAUGCCUGAGGGGCCCAGGGCCUGGAGGGAUUUAUGGGGAGGAGGGACCGGUCCUUACCCCAGUGGGAAGCCCAGGGAAGUGGAUAAACACCUGUUGGGGAAAGGACACCACAUGGGGCAGAAAGGAGAUCAGGGUCCUGGUCUUAGUUGAUAGCUCAGCGACUGUGUGGUCUCCACUUCCCUGAGUCUCUGGUUUUGGGUUUCGGUUUUAUCUUCAAUAAAACGGGGAGAAGAGUCUCUCUCUCUCUCUCUCUCUGUCUCUCAUACACACACACACACACACACACACACACACACACACACACACUACAUGUACGAGAACAACAGUGGAUGGUGACCUUUCCUGAGACUGCUAGGAGUCCUGUUGAGAUUUUAGAAAACCUCAGAUGACUGAAGGAUCCCUGUACCUCACAGUGGCCACUGUUCAUUGAACACCUACUACUGUGGACACUGGGCUUUACUUUUCAUGACAUUGCUUUCAUGACAUCACAACACCCAAUGAAGUGCCUUGCCCAAGGCCACACUUUAGGUGGCAGAGCUGGGAAUCAGACCUCGGUGGGGCUCACCGCAAAUCCAGCCCAAUGUUUUACUAUGCUGUAUGCACAUAGACCCAGUGGACUGGAUUUUCGGAGCCAGCCCAGACUGAGGUCCAUUCGGCUGUGAACUGGGUAUAUAUGAAAAGAACACGCAUCCACAGAGAAGACCCGCACAGAUGCUGAAAAGCAUGGCCCUGUGGGAAUCCAGCACGCCCAUCUGCCCUGGGCGCAUGUAGCAGGCGCUGGUGUUACCCUCCUGCCAACAGUCCCUGGACGGGCAGGCUCAGGCUUGUACCCGCCUCGCUGGUCACCAUCCCCAACAGAAGGAGAAGGCAGCUGGUUAGAGGUUGACUUGGAUUAUCUCAGAAAUAGGGGCUAUUAACCCCACUUCAUAUAUGUGCAGAGCAUAGCUCGGAUGGGGCAGGGGACCCGCCCUCUGACCAUAGCUAGGAAACGUCAUAGCUGGGGUUUAGACCUACGCUCUAGAGUCACCAAAACUGAGCAAGCAAGGAGCGAAUGAACCCAGAGCAAGGUCCAAGCCUGUAGCAGCCCUUUCCUGGGCAGCUGCUGUGUGCCAGGCCCUCUGAGCCUGGGCGGGGGGGGCGGGGAUGUCCAGGAAUGAGACCCAGCCCUUGGUCUGUAGGCAUGCACCAGCUGGAAUCCCUGAACUUGGAGGUCGGUGGUACUGCGGUAGCUGCCAUCGCCAGCUGUGUGUCCUUGGGCCCACUUCCCGCCCCUCUUGAGUCUUCUCUAAAGUGGGAAUGCCUCCUAUCCCCGGGGGAUACUGUCCUGACGCGGGCUCACCGUGUGGGGGUGCUAACGUGAAGCACUCCAUAAGUGGUGGGCUCCAGAGCCAAAGUGCUCCUCGGGUCCAGGGCUCUCAAUGGGGACCUUUGGAAAUAGGGGAUGUUUCUGGCCAGCAUGGCGACUGGAGUGGGCUGCUGGCAGGUACCUCCUGGCAGCAGGACUGUAAGACGUCCUGCCCAAUAAAGAACUCUCUCCACAAAAGGCUGGGCGUGCCUCCGUCAAGACACACUGGACUCGGCUACCCCCGGGCUCUGUGGGAAAGCUCGGAUUGGAGCCAGUCUAGUGUGCGCCCCACUCUGCAGCCUGCCUUGGCUGGGGGCGGGGGCUGGGGGGUCAGACCUGGCCAAGAGUCAGGUCAUAAUACGGGAAAGAGUGAUUCCCACCGGUGGUGGGGCGGGUGGUGGCGGGGUUGGGGGGGGACGGAAGAAGGGAGGAUGGAGAGACUCAGGAUAGAGGCAGCUAGGUGUUGUGGGAAAGGGAAGGUAUGCCAAGGGGCAGGAACAGCUGCAGCCGAGUCCCCAGGCGGGGGAAGUACAGGACAGAUCCAGGGAAAAGCGGGCCCACCAAGCCCACCUCUUGUCCCCACAGUCCAGGUGGAGGCCGCAGAGGGCCCAGGGCAAGCAGGGGCAGCAAUGGUGGGUCCUGACGGUGGCUGAGCCCCCAGCCCCUGGAAUAUGCAGCCCAGGGGAGCCCCAGGCAGCGGCGAGGACGCGGUGGCGGAGCGGGGCGGGAGGCAUGGUCUCCACCUACCGGGUGGCCGUGCUGGGGGCGCGAGGCGUGGGCAAAAGUGCCAUCGUGCGCCAGUUCCUGUACAACGAGUUCAGCGAGGCCUGCGUGCCCACCACUGCCCGCCGCCUCUACCUGCCUGCCGUCGUCAUGAACGGCCACGUGCACGACCUCCAGAUCCUCGACUUCCCGCCCAUCAGCACCUUCCCUGUCAACACGCUGCAGGAGUGGGCAGACGCCUGUUGCAGGGGACUCCGGAGCGUCCACGCCUACAUCCUGGUCUAUGACAUCUGUUGCUUUGACAGCUUUGAGUACGUCAAGACCAUCCGCCAGCAGAUCCUAGAGACGAGGGUGAUCGGCACCUCGGAGACGCCCAUCAUCAUCGUGGGCAACAAGCGGGACCUGCAGCGCGGGCGCGUGAUCCCGCGCUGGAACGUGUCGCACCUGGUGCGCAAGACCUGGAAGUGCGGCUACGUGGAGUGCUCGGCCAAGUACAACUGGCACAUCCUGCUGCUCUUCAGCGAGCUGCUCAAGAGCGUCGGCUGCGCCCGCUGCAAGCACGUGCACGCCGCCCUGCGCUUCCAGGGCGCGCUGCGCCGCAACCGCUGCGCCAUCAUGUGACGCCGCGGCCGCACCCCGAGCGGCCGGCGAGGGGCCUCCCCCGGGACUGCGGGGCUCGGGCGGGGAGCGCCGGGGGAAGGACUCUGACCGACCCGGCCUGGCACGCCCCCGCAGCCGCGCGCCUCGCGGGGAGACGCGGAGGCCGAGAGGGCGCCUCCUGCAACUGCCCGGUCCGGCCCCUCUCCGCAUCGGUCUUCUGGGCCCGCCGCCUUUACUGCUGUAGCUAGCACCGUGCCCGGCUGGGCCCCAAGGGGCGCCUUGGCCUUUUGGGAUCGGGAGGGAGAGCGCGGGGCGUGGGGGUGGGGAGGUGCUGCCUUGGCCGGGGCCCCCACCCGUCUUCUCCAGAGAGUGUGUCUGUCAUUGCCCUGCGUCUUCUUUCCCCAUGUCUGUCUGCCCAAGCGUCUGUUGGUCCUGAGCUGUCUUACCCACCCUCCGGUCCACCUUCCUGCCCCCAGCUCCGUUUACAGGGCUCUCAUUUUGUUCAUCCCCUUGUCGCAGAUCCUGGCAGCUUCUCUGUGAGGCCAGCCUUUGGACCUUCAGCACCACCGGCACAGGGCAGAGAGAUGCGGGUGGCCCAAGGACCGUAAUCGGGGUCCGAGGGUUGAGGUCCCAGGUCAGUCAGGAGAAGGCUGAGCUCUCCCCCUUCCAGGGAGAUCUCCCCGCCCAGCAGCCCCCAGAGACACAACAACCUACCUUCCAGCCUUAACUCGAUGGUCCAUCCCUGCCGGGUGCCCCUCAUCCCCUUCCUGACCCCAAAGCCAGAUCACCCCGUGGGUUGAAACUUUUUUUUUCUUGACGGAGUGUGGAGAGGGAAUCCCCCAAAGGAUAAAUUUAUUUCCAUGAUGCCAGGUUCCAGCCCUCUAUUCCCUCCUGUGAUGGGUGGUCUGCAAGAUUGGGGGAUGUUGGGUUUGCGGGACUGGUGGUGGGCAAGGUGGUGUCCCGAGGUUGGGGGGGGGGUUAGGUUGUGCUAGUGAGGACUCUUAUCUCCCCAUCCCACUCCAAUCUGCUGCCCCAGACCCUGCCUGCCUUGAAUCUCAGAUUUCUCUGAUAAAUCUGGGGAGGGGCAGAGCCAGGAAAAGAAUUAUGGGGACCCCUGUGCUUGGGGGGAGGUAUGCCCACACCCACACCCUAGAUAGAGGCCCUCAGGAUCUGAUGCCCCCUUGUCCCAACACCAGUUGGCCCUAUGCCCUGACUCACUCCACCCCAUUUUCUCCGGCUGCCUGGCCGGUUUCUACCUCUCGUCACCGGAGCUGAUCACUGUCAGUUUUGUAUCGAUUUAGAAAUAACAAAAUUCAUGAAGAUACUAGGAGCAGCCUGAGGGAUUACUGGGGUACUUGGAGGGUGGGAACAAUGGUGCGUGUCCCCUGCCCCUGGCUGAGUUCUCCUUGAGGCUGAGUCCUGAGCCCUGCUGUGGUGGGAGGAUAGGAAAGUCCCUCAUUAGAAGAGGGGCAGAUAGAUCAACCCAGCCUCAAUGUAGCCAAGCUGCAGUGUGUAGACCAGAAAAUCAGGUAGCCCAGAGUGGUGAUGGAGCAGAAUCUGGGGGAGGGUUCACGGGUAGGGAAUUUAUCCAGAUCCAGUGUGAGAGGGAAUCUGAUUCUCCCUUCCACUUCCCCAGCUGAUUCUCCCUCCACCUGUGGGGUGUAGCACAGCCCUGCAGUGACUGCCCUGACCUUGGGUUCUAGUCCCUGCUGUGCUGCAUGACUUUGGGCAAGUGACCUGCCCUCUCUGAGCCUCCCUCUGAAACAGAGGAGGCGGCUCCCCUUCCCCACACCUUGGAGUGGCUGGGAGGGUAAGGAAGAGGGCCUGCCCCCUUUUAUCCCCUGCAUCCCAGCCCCCUGGGUCACCAGGGGGAUGGGGUGAGGGAUGGCAGCAUCUCACCUGCCCCAUCACUGUCACCCCCAGCUGAGGCACCUGAGGUAGACAUGGGGGACCCAGGCCUCUGGCUGCCCCUUAUGGGAGCCAUUGGAAUGUAUCGCCUGGCGGGCCCCCCUCAGCCCUUCCACUGCACUCCAGGUAUUUGAUUUUGAUUCCCUCCACCUCCAUUCUGAGUCUCUGUCCUCCCCCCCCACCAGAGUUUCCCACCACAGGGUCUGGAAGUGUGUGUGAUGCCCAUUGCGCUGUGAUCGGAAGUCGGAUUAAAAAUCAGGGAGUGUUUUCCCUUGUUUCUGUA